AUGAAAUAUUUCAAUAUUCUCAGCCCUGAAGAUAAGGGAAUGACAAAACAGAAUGUUAAUACCAAGUUAAAAAAAUGGAGAAGUGUUUACUAUUUUAUCUUUAUACCGGGUGCUCUUGCUCUUCUCCUUUCUGUUGCGGCCAUGUCCAAGUUCCUCUCCAAAUCAUUUCUUGGUAAUGAAUCUUUAUACUCAAAUCUGAAUCCUGGGGUCCCAAAUGGGAAUGAACAUGAAGUGAUGAUGAUAACUGUUGAAAUUGUGAUUCAGAAAAUUCAAGAUCAACUGAACAAACUGAGGGAAACAAGACAGGAUCCAUCGUCGUCCCCAUUUGUAUUCCAGCAAGCUGCAUUUCUUGCUGAUAUAGUAGGACUUCUUGAGUCAGCAGCGGCGUCUCAUCAACACAAUGAAGGGAAAAAUCAGCAAAACGGUAGUUUCACCACUCAUCCUCUGGUGAGAAAAAAGAAACGAUCAGAUGAACCUGCUGAUUACUUUCUGCGAGAAGAGAUUCGCAAGUAUGUCAGGAUCAAGCCUAACAGAUUAGGAAAACAAAAUUUUAUGGGGGCUAAUGCAAGCUUCACCAGCAUAGGACACGCGUGUUUUGCCAUGAAGGAAGCGCUAGAAGAAUACAUGGAUUAUGAUGUUGGUGAGAUCUGUAAUGAUGACUGGAAACUAGCUCAAAAGCUUAUGGUUCAUGGCUGUGAUCCUUUACCAAGGAGAAGGUGUUUUUCAAGGGCCCCUAAGCUAUACAGCCAACCAUUUCCCAUCACCGAAUCCCUGUGGAAACUCCCUGAUGAUAGAAAUGUUAGAUGGAGUCAAUACCGGUGCAAGAACUUUGCUUGUCUAGCUGCCAACACCACUCGUAAGGGAUUCUUUAAGUGUGCAGACUGCUUCAACCUCACCAACCAUGAGAUGCCUCGAUGGGUGAGCCUGGAGGUUGAUUCAAACCAGACAGCUGAUUUCCUUAUAUCUGAUGUUCUUGGAAUUAAGCCAGGAGAGGUCAGAAUAGGAUUGGACUUCAGUGUUGGAACUGGGACUUUUGCUGCUAGGAUGAGGGAAUUCAAUGUGACAAUAGUUUCAGCCUCUAUAAAUUUUGGGGCACCCUUCAAUGAAAUGAUAGCCCUUAGAGGACUUGUUCCUCUCUACUUGACUAUUAAUCAAAGGCUUCCAUUUUUUGACAAUACCCUGGAUUUGAUUCACACAACUAGGUUUCUAGAUGGAUGGAUUGAUUUUGUGCUCCUUGAGUUCAUAUUGUAUGACUGGGAUAGAGUUCUGAGGCCAGGGGGGUUGCUCUGGAUUGACAGUUUUUUUUGCUUGAAGGAAGAUUUGUAUGAUUACUUGAAGACCUUCAAAAUGCUGAGAUAUAAAAAACUGAAAUGGGUGGUUGUUCCAAAGCUUGAUAAGCAUGAUCAGGAAAUGUUCUUCUCUGCUGUCUUAGAGAAGCCUCCUAGGCCAUUCAGGUGA